CAACGGUCGCCAUCAUGGAUUGACACACCCUGGUAUYACUACCACUUUCUCUUCWUGAUUUCAARGCCAAAUUGAAACUAACUUGAAUAUUUAUGGUUCYAAAAGGACAGAGAAUAACUGGACGCUAACACCCCUGAGAAUCGCGGCGUCACGCCGGCGAAGAGCGUAGAAAAACGACAAAGUCUGAGAGAAGGUAAAAUUGAAGAAGACAGGUGAAAUAUGGGAAAGCUGCUAUCCAAGAUAUUUGGCAAUAAAGAGAUGAGAAUACUUAUGUUAGGACUAGAUGCCUCAGGAAAAACUACAAUACUUUAUAAGAUGAAAUUAGGUCAAUCAGUAACAACCAUACCAACAGUAGGGUUUAAUGUAGAGACAGUCACAUUUCACAAAGUUAAAUUUAAUGUAUGGGAUGUAGGGGGUCAAGAUAAGAUACGGCCGUUAUGGCGGCACUAUUUUGCUGGGACUCAAGGUCUAAUCUUCGUGGUAGACUGCGCAGACAGAGACAGGAUUGAUGAAGCUAAGAAGGAACUCAAUAGAAUAAUCAGUGAUAGAGAAAUGAAGGAUGCAAUUAUUCUGGUUUUUGCAAAUAAACAGGAUUUACCAGAUGCUAUGAAACCUCACGAGGUCCAAGAAAGACUUGGCUUAACAAAGAUACGUGAUAGAAAUUGGUAUGUUCAGCCAUCUUGUGCAACUAGAGGUGAUGGACUUUAUGAUGGACUAAGUUGGUUAAGCAAUAACCACAAACCUUGAAACAGAUAUAUUUUAGACAUAACAUAGCUGUGCAUUGUAGCCCUCUGAAAAUAUUCUAGCAAUUGCACUAAUAAUUCUACAUUAAUUCAGUUAUGUUAUUUUGUUUACACUCCAAAUACAGGAACUUAAAAAUAGACUUUUUUCUUAAUUUGUAAGAGACUUURAUUAAUAAAACACUAUGCUAUCAGAGACAAGACCAGAUCAGGUGAAUUGAUUGCGAUAAU